UUUGUGAUACUACAUUCACGUAGAGAAAUGGCUGAAACCGCUCCAGCUGCUGCCGCCACGCCGGCCAAAGCACCCAAGAAGAAAUCCGCCGCUAAAGCUAAGAAAACUGGACCAAGCGUGGGUGAUCUCAUCGUUAAAGCUGUUUCGGCUUCCAAGGAGAGGAGCGGCGUCUCUCUCGCUGCCUUGAAGAAAGCGCUCGCCGCCGGUGGCUACGACGUGGAGAAGAAAAACGCUCGCGUCAAGAUCGCCAUCAAGAACCUGGUCACUAAAGGCACUCUGGUCCAGACCAAAGGGACCGGCGCUUCCGGGUCUUUUAAAUUGAACAAAAAGCAGGCAGAGACUAAGGCAAAACCAGCGAAGAAAGCCGCUCCUAAAGCAAAGAAGCCCGCAGCCAAGAAACCCGCCGCUGCCAAGAAGCCCAAGACUGCAGCGACAAAGAAGACCGCCGCUAAGAAAUCACCCAAGAAAGCAGCGAAGAAACCAGCCGCCACCGCCGCUAAAAAGGCAACAAAGAGCCCCAAGAAAGCAAAGAAGCCAGCGGCUCCUAAGAAAGCAGCGAAGAGCCCCAAGAAAGCGAAGGCUGCUAAACCCAAGACGACAAAGCCCAAAGCAGCUAAGCCUAAAAAGGCAGCGCCCAAAAAGAAAUAAAGCAACUCUUUAUUUUUUUUAUACAACCCAAAGGCUCUUUUAAGAGCCACCCACCAGUCCUUUAACGAGCAAUGUUUCAAUGUUACUUGUAAUUGAUUAUAGCUAGAAUAUAAAUUUGACCAGUGUUGUACGGUCCGACUGUAUAGUGUUGUAUUCACUAGAAACUUGGCAAAACAAACCAGUUUAGUCGCUAUCUGUUUUUAUACAUCACACUUAGUCGCCUCAGAAUAAAAUACUCGCUUUAAGUGUGUAGUUUCUAAAUUGGAAACGCCAGCUCACCAAAGAUAACCGAUUCAAGCGGAACAUGCAGCUUAUUUUUUUAACAAUCGUUAUACUAUUAAACCUUAACUGUUUCUGUAAGUUAAAGUGUCCCCAGACAUACCAGGUUAUACUUUGUAAUGCACUGCAAAUCACUUUGGACCAAAAAGUCGUCUGACAAAUACAUCCACAUAAAUAAGACAUACAUAUAUAGAUAUAAAAAAUAGAUGUCACAUU